AUGUAUUACAAGUUCAGCGGCUUCACGCAGAGGCUGGUGGGGGCCGGCGCUUCCGCCGCCUACGCCCCGCAGGUAACGGAGGCAGCCGCGCUCUCGGGCCGCCGGGAGCUUGACCUUCACAGCUGCGCUUCACGUAGAGGAGAGACUUCCCUACGGGGCCCCACGAGGUCCAGUUCUCGCAAUGACCUAAAGCGAGACCUCUCUCUAACCCUCCACAGUGGGGAAGCCCAGCCAGAUGGGCGGGGUAUAAAUAAUAAAUUAUUAUUAUUAUUAUUAUUAUUAUUACUAUUAUUCAUUGAGGAGCGGGGAAGGCGGAAUGGAGAAGCGAGCUUCAUGUAUUCCACGUGCUUCUGUGGCUGCCCACCAGGUGUUCCCUGGGCGGCUUGCAAGGAAGCGUUGCAGCAGAGAAUAUUUGAAAUAUAAUAUGGUUGGUGUCAAAAAUAAAUAAAUAAAUAAAUAAAUAAAUAAUUUAUUUAUACCCUGCCCAUUGGCUGGGUCUCCCCAGCCAGUCUGGCGGCUUCCAAUAGAAUAUUAAAAUACAAUAGUCAGUUAAACAUUAAAAGCUUCCCUAAACAGGGCUGCCUUCAGAUGUCUUCUAAAAGUCUGGUAGUUGUUUUUCUCUUUGACAUCUGGUGGGAGGGAGUUCCACAGGGCAGGUGCCACUACUGAGAAGGCCCUCUGCCUGGUUCCCUGUAACCUCCCUUCUUGCAGUGAGGGAACUGCCAGAAGGCCCUCGGCGCUGGACCUCAGUGUCUGGGCAGAACAAUGGGGGUGGAUAUGCUCUGUCAGGUAUACUGGACUGAGGCCGUUUAGGGCUUUAAAGGUCAGCACCAACUCUUUGACUUGUGCUCGGAAAUGUACUGGGAGCCAGUGUAGGUCUUUCAAGGCUGGUCUCGGCGGCUGCUUCCAGUCACUAGUCUAGCUGCCACAUUCUGGAUUAGUUGUACUUUCCGGGUCACCUUCAAAGGUAGCCUCACAUAGAGCGCAUUGCAGCAGUCCAAGCGAGAGAUAACUAAAGCAUGCACCACUCUGGCGAGACAGUCUGCAGACAGAUAGGGUCUCAGCCUGCAUACCAGAUGGAGCUGGUAAACAGCUGCCCUGGACGCAGAAUUGACCUGCACCUCCAUGGACAGCUGUGAGUCCAGAAUGACUCCCAGGCUAUGCACCUGGUCCUUCAGGGGCACAGUUACCCCAUUCAGGACCAGGGAGUCCUCCACACCUGCCCGCCUCCUGUCCCCCCAAAACAGUACUUCUGUCUUGUCAGGAUUCAGCCUCAAUCUGCUAGCUGCCAUCCAUCCUCCAUCCGCCUCCAGACACUCACACAGGACCUUCACCGCCUUCACUGGUUCUGAUUUGAAAGAUAAUUUAUUGAAUUUCUAUACUGCCCUAUACCUGGGGGUCUCAGGGUGGUUCAUAGAAUAAAAUCAAGAUAUAAAACCACAAAAUACCUAAUAAAAAUAAAAACAGCAACCCAAUACCCCCCCCAAAAGCCACACACAUUUUAAAAGGGCAUAGGUUGUAUAUCAGAUCAACCAAAUGCCUGGUUAAAGAGGAACAUUUUUGCCUGGCGCCUACAGGUGCAUAAUGAAGGUGCCAGGCAAACUUCCCUUGGGAGAGUAUUUGAAAUAUAGUAGUAGUUGGCAAUAAGCGUAGCAGAGUAUUUAUAAUAGUUGCUGCUAAUAAGCGUUGCAGCAGAGUAUUUGAAAUAUAAUAGUAGUUGUCAAUAAGCGUUGCAGCAGAGUAUUUGAAAUACAAUAGUUGUUGUCAAUAAGCGUUGCGGCAGAGAGUAUUUGAAAUAUAGAUGUCGUCAAUAAGCGUCACAGCAGAGUAUUUGAAAUAUGUAUAAUAGCUGUUGUCAAUAAGCGUUGUAGCAGAGUAUUUGAAAUAUAAUAGUUGUUGUUCUUUGUACCCUGCCCAUGUGACUGGGUUGCCCCAGCCACCCUGCGCGGCUUCCGAGAUACAUAAAAUCAUAAUAAAACAUUACACAUUAAAAGGCUUCCCUGUACAGAGAAUGCAGUAUAUGGUAAAUGAAACGAACAGUGAGCAAUAAAAAUCGGGAGAAAUUAUUUGGGGCAGGGGGCAUGACCCAUUGCAACAAAAGCAGAGGUUGCAUCCGCACCACACCUUUGGAAGCACGUUUGCACCACCUGGACAGCUCUGAAUAAUUGUAGAAGCUGUAGUUUACUCUCCACAGAGCUGCAGUUCCCAGCACCCUUUAGUGAACUACGGGAGGCUUUUAAGCAGAGGUUGGAUGGCUGCCUGUCGUGGGGGCUGUUGUUGAGAUUCAUGCAUUACAGGAAGUUGGAUUAUAUGACCUUGGGGUCUCUUCCAACUCUACUGUUCUAUGAUUCUAUAGUAUUUCCCAGGAUUCUUGGGAGGAAGUCAAGUACAGUACAGUACUUUAAAUGCAAGGGGCAGGGAGGUUGGGGAAUGCAUCAAGCAAUUUAUAGCCUCGAUUUAAAUUGCAGUGUCCACUGAUGUUUGUCUGGGCUGUUUUUGACCUAGACAGCCUUUUAUGGCCUGGGUCCUGGAUUCCUAAGGAACCUGCUCUACUUGCUGCAGUCACACAAUCAGGCUCUUCUCUGCCUACCCUCACAGGGAGAGGCUGGAAGAAUGACAGGGGGACACGUGGCUCUUUCUUGGGUGGUUCCUCUGCUUUGGAACAACCUGUCUUUAGAUAUGAGAAGCCACUUACCUCUGCUGUUUCCCCCUAAAGGCUGAUGCACUAGUCGAUUCAGCAGGCAUUUUUAUUUGUCUUUUGUCCACUUUUCUAAUAAUUGAUUUAUUAAGAGAGUGUGGCUGUCCCAAAGUCACUCGCUAAGCUUCAUAGUUUGCUGGAGAUUUGAGCCAUGAUCUCUCCACAUGCUGUCUGGGGCUGAUGAGAGUUGGAAUGUAAGAGCCCUGCUGGAUCAAGCUGAAGGCCCAUCUACUCCAUCAUGCUGUUCUUGCAUUGUCCUGCCAGAUGCCCAGGGAAAGCCUGCAAGCAGGACCUGAGUGCAAUUGAUUUAACUUGCUUUUUGUUUUACAACUUUAUCUUUUAAAAUAAAAUGGGGCUCACUACUUCAUACAUUUAGAAAACAUGUUGCAGAGCGCUGUUAUUUAAUGCCUGUGUCUCAGAAGCCUGAGUAGCUUCAACUAAUAGUAUGGCAUUUAGUGUUGGCAUUUCAGGCAUCUCCUGGGUCUUUUUUAUGCCGACAGGCCUGUUCCGCUGUUCAAACUUAUUAGAUGAGCCAGUCGUUUUUAUGAUUUUUUUUGGUGUUCCUUUUAUGAUGUUUUAUGUGUUGACAACACAAUUUAUUCAUUCUUUUGUAUGGGGGCAGCCUGUAAAUACUUUAACCCAUCAAUUAAUUAAUGCAGCCUGAAAUAUUUUAGACGAAUAGUUCAUAUUACAAAGUGACAUUCAGCCCCCUUGAUUGCCUAGACUACAGUACACUAACCUCUAUACAGCUCCCUUUCUCUCUUCUCCUUGUUAUCAGUCCGCGUGCCUCUGUUACCCUUUCUCCUUUCUUUCCUUUCCACCGACAGCGAUUGUGCUCCUCUUACAUUAAAUAUCUUGUUUCUCGGGUAUCCCAGCCUUCUAGUUACCCUUAUCUCCUGGACUCACUUCCUACUUGUCCUCUUUCUUGCCGUAUAUCCUCUGCACUCUCCCUACCUAUUGCUGCCAACACAGCACAUCCCUUUUGCUAAGCCAUGGGUUUUCUCCCAUCCAAAAUGGCUGCUAACUUCCCUUGUGGAAAAACCAUUAUUCAUCAAUGUUCUGUUCCUCUUCACCAAACAGAAUAUUUAUGGUCAUUCCUUGAUACCGUGGCAUAUUUCAAAAUGGCCAGAUGGGGAUCACACUGUGUGCAUAUCGGAAAGAUACCUCUCAGCUGUAGCUUAGGAUAGGCUAUAUUUCUCAAUACAGUUUUUUUGUAUUUUAUGAAUACAUUCACAGAUAUGCAGAAUAGCAGUGGGGUCUGUCUUUGGAUAGAUUUCUGAUGCAUUCCAUAGAGCUGAGUGAGUUCCCUACUGCAUGUUUUUUAAAAGCAAAUAUAAAUAGUUUUACAUGAAGUUAACCUGACAAGUGAACAUUAUUUUCCAAAAAUGUAUGUGAUUGGCAGACAGCUUGAUAGAUGAACAAACAAAAACUAAUUAGUAGACAUUCAUUUCAAUCAUGUAUUUAUUAGCCUUGUUAAAAUGCAAAUUUAAUGUCAAGCAUAUUGUGUUCACACUCACUGUCUGGAAUAAUAAAGUAGGGAAUCUGUAUGUAGGUAAUUGUUGGCUGUGCUGCACAGCCUUUUUUACUUGAGUGUAGCUCUGUUAAAUGCCUGCAUGUAAGAAGUAAAGCAUUCCAGAAUUAGCUGCAUUUUGGUUCUUCAUCAGCAAUGCUUGAAUGCCUAAAUGAACAAACACUGCAUUGUGAAGGUGGCACGCUCAUCUCUUAAUUGACUUUCUUUUUAAACGAAUGUUCACGAAUGCAUUCAAAACUCAGGGGGAAGAAAGACUAAAUGAAUGACUUGUUAUGAAUGUAACUCCUAUUCCUGUUGGUAUUGAGGGGUCAGCUCCCACAUCUGUUCAGCUGACUAGACUGAGGCUGCAAUCCUAUACACUCACAACCUGAAACUAAGCCUGAUUGAACAAUGGCUCUUAUCCAUGGUGGCUCCAUUGUUAGAGGCAGUAUGCCUCUAAAUACCAGUUGCAAGGAAUCACAAGAGGGGACAAUACUGCUGCACUUAGGUCUUGUUUGUGGACUUCCCGGUUAGUAUCUAGUUGGCUCCCCAUGGGAACAGGAUGCUAGACUAGGUGAGCCACUUGCCUGAUCCAGCAGGGCUCAUCUUAUGUUAUUCCUUAUGUUCUAACAUAGUGGGACUGACUUGCAAGGGGUUAUACUGGAAAGACCAGGGAAGGACAGUGGGACAAGAGUAGCAUUCAGCCACCCUCCAGCUUUGCAGUGUUCCCUACUGUGAAGCUACCCAACUUUUGCUCUUCCUCACUUGUUGCUGCCUCGUUUCUUCUUGUUGUAAGAACCCAGAAGAUGUGUACAGAAGCAGUAAGCAAUGGCUGUUUGCCCUUCCCUAUUCAUGGACAUUGGUAGACACCAUGAGGAAGGCUGGCCUGAGGUCUUCGUGUUGGAAUGUUGUUUUGAGAAAGCAAUACAUCUCCAAUAGCAUAUAUUUUUUGCCAUUAAUUUGAGAGUAGUUUGUUGUUUUUUCAAGUGAAUUAAAAUAGUUAUGAAUUUCCAGAGCCCAUUCCUAGCCAGAGGCCUGCUUCCCAAAGAAGAUGAUUUGGGUCAUUUACCAAAUUUUAUUUCAUUUAUACACUACUCUUUCUGGAAAAAGCUCUGGGCAGCAUGCAUUGCUUCACCCAACUCCAUCUGACAACAGCCCUCUGAGUUAGGUUAUUUAUUUAUUUUUAAUUUGGUUUUACAAAUGUAAAUUAGUUACAAUACCAAAUACAUAUCCAUAGAAUGAGAUAACUCUGAAUCCCGAGACUUCCCCCAUGGGUCCUAUUGUUAAUGUUUCCGACUGCAUAUCAUUUCAUAAUUAUGGUUUGUAUCUAUCCAUAUUGUCCGUAGUAUUUGUUACAUUACAAGUAGGAUUAAAAUCCUGCUAAUGUUUUCAUCUGCUCACAGUGGUCUCCUAAAUAAAUUAUAAACUUUCCCCAUUCUUUUUUGAAUUUCUUUUCUUCUUGGUCUCUGAGUUUAGCCAUUUCAGCAUAGUCUAAGAGCUUGAUUUGUCAUUUCUCUCUGGUAGCGAUUACCUCUGAGCUAGGUUAUGGCAGGAGAGAGUGUGGCUGUCCCAAAGUCACUCGCUAAGCUUCAUGGUUUGCUGGAGAUUUGAGCCAUCAUCUCUCCACAUGCUGUCUGGGGCUGAUGAGAGUUGGAAUGUAAGAGCCCUGCUGGAUCAAGCUGAAGGCCCAUCUACUCCAUUAUGCUGUUCUUGCAUUGUCCUGCCAGAUGCCCAGGGAAAGCCUGCAAGCAGGACCUGAGCGCAAUAGCACUCUCCCUUACUUGUGAUUCCAGUAACUGAUAUUCAGAGGCACAUUGCCUCCUAACAGUGGAGGGAGAACAUAGCCCCCAUGGCUAGUAGAGAGCACCUCAUUGGCUACCCUUGGUUGAGAAACAUUUGCUUCUGCAUCUGGAAGAGGCAGACUUUGCCAGUCUAAUUUUGUUUUCUCGCUGCUUUGGGUUGGCUUCUUGACAGAUUCUUUUCAAUACGUGCUGGUGACUUCAUUUGGAAAAUUUUAAGAAAAGACUUGAUUCAGCUUCUAUUGUGAAGCAGAAAGGGCAAUUUAUUGAUUUAAAACAUUUAUAACUUGCCUUUUCAAUGCGUGAAGAUGCUUCUAACAAAGCGUCCACUAAUGCAAUAGCAAUAAAACCAAAGUCCCAUAAAGUCACUAAAUUGUGCAUCCUAUGGCGGUAGUAUUUUACAAGCAGAAAUGCCCACUUAAACGUCUUGCAGCAGAGGAAGGUUUUGCCUCUUCCCUGGAUUGCUGCAAAACAUUAGAGCUGCAGACCAUUUUGUGACAGUUCUUCCACAACUGUGGGGCAGUCUCCUAUCCCACGUAUCCUCCCCUCAUGUGAUAUGGGGCACACAGUUGACUACCCCCACUCUGCAGAAUAUAAACAGGGAAGCUUGUGUGGGAAAGGCUGUCUCUGAGCUAUAUGGGUUCCUACCAGACCUUGGAAGAGAUGCUUAAAGGUAAAAUCCAGCACUUGGUCCCAGAAAUAAAUUGGCCACCAUUGUAAUGGUUGUAAAAUGGAAUAUAUUUCUGAAAUACACAGGUCCAUGCUGCAACAGCCUACAGUUAAUGCAGUUCAAAAGAAUUAUCAAGGGAGGGAGGGAAGGAUGGAACAGGCAAAUUCAGGUUCUUACCAUUUAAUUCUGAGGGCAGAGACGUCAGUGGUACUUGAACCCAACUGAGCUGAUGGAGGAGAUUUUGUUUUCUCCCCUUUCCCUUGAUAGCAGGCACAUGACUUGCCAUUUGCAGGCAAACUUCCAGACUGUAGAUAUGCACUUGACCGUAAUUCUCUAAAUGUCUCUUCUUGCAUUUAACAUGGAUGGUCCUGUGGAGUACAGUGUUCAAGGUUAAGCCAGAGAUGCUCUUGCUUUGUAGUCUCUUACUUUCUGGUCACUUGUUUAUAUAGCUGAUAAUGUAUCUGAUAACUGUGCUCACUGCAAACAAAGUUUUAAUCGUCUCAUUUUAUGCAGGGAUUCAAGCCAGUUGUAUCUACAGAAUCGCCAAGUCUAAUAUUUGCAACACCAACUAAAAUUGCCUCAGAAGGACCGUCCACCAUCGAGUAUCUUGGUAAAAACCGGGUACCGGAGCUGCAGAAGUUUUUUCAGGUGGGAAGAAACAAUAUUCAAUCAAUAAUCUUAGUUGAAUUUGUGUCUGAUCGCUGGGGAUGCUGAAUGCUUGAGGCUUGCAGAAGUGUUGAUAAAAUGCUGCUAAUAUCUUUGUUUCUAUGUUUACAUUAGAGGUCAACAGUAUUUUAAAAAGAACUUGAAACAAAUUUUACAGCAGGCUAAAUGUAAGUUCAGCGCUAGGUGCACUCUGCUUGAUUUUUGCCUCCUCCUCACCUCUCUCUCUCCCUCUCCUGUUCUCUUUCCCCCUGCCCAAUCUUCAACCAUGCUUUAUCUGAAAAUUAUCCUGUUUGUCCUUUGCUUGAUUAUUCUUACAAGGUUGAAGCUUUCAAUGAAAUGUGUAAUAAAUAUAGGGGUUGCUCGUGCGUAAGUUGCCGCCACUCCUGGCUAGGUUGCCUUGUUAAACCUUUUCUGUCUGGACAGCCCUUCACUUCGUGGCUGUUUCAGUCGCUAGCAGAAUCCGUCAGUGGGCGUUUCUUAAACCUUUUCCAGCAUAAAAGCUGUUUGACGCCAAGUCUCCUCCUACUCUCCCUGCGCGGAAGUCUUCUGCGCAGGGAGGGUGUGGGUAGCGGAGGGCCCGUACUCUCCCCGCUGGUCUCCAGCGAGGAGUCCUGGAGCCCCCUCGCCGAUUCCCCCAUCUCCCUGGUGUUACGCUGAUUUCCUUCCCCAGCUGAUGAGCUGCCUCUCUCCCUGCUGGGCCCUUUUCCAGCAUCGCUUGGGAGCCUUGUCUCCACCUCUAGCUCCGAUGUCAGUUCCCUGACAAAAUGGAAGGUCUUUGGCAGAGACAAAGACCAAGUGUGGGAUUCAACUAAUGAUUUCUGUCCGUGGAAGCCCUGAGUGAGGGCUUCCGCUUGUGUAUUGGGGCUUUGGCUUCUUCUCUUCUCCUUUGCAUGCCUCCCCCCAAAAACUGGCUUGGGAGAGACCCCAGAACAGCAUAUGGGAGGAGGAGAGUGGAGAUCGUUCUAUCCCGCAGGCCAAAAUGCUUGCUGCGACAGAACAGCCACCUUGGUGCAACGUUGAAUUACUCUCUGAGAGGACAAAGACUGGAACCUGGGAAAAGACAUGGAUAUCUGAAGGGGGCACACAGGCUUGUACACAAGUAGUAAUAACUGUGGAGAAUAUGGAGAAAAGGAGCUGUUGAGAACAUUUAAGAAUCAUCCCCCAAAACUUGGCAGACCAUUUUUUGCUUUUGAGUCCUCUCUUGGCAAUGUCAGUAUGUUGCUGCACAAUAUAUUUCUCUCUGCACUACUCAUGCAUCUAUGGUAGCAGUUCUCAAAAUUCUGGACCAAAUUCCAGUUUCUACUUUUAAGAAAGAGCACUGUACAUGCAGAGUUCUGCUUGCAAGUUACGUGUUCCACUUCUACAACAGCAGCAUUUUGGACAACAUCUGCUGAUACGAAUAAACUCAGCACUAAUCUUUUUUUGCUUCUUCAGUCUGUUGCAGAUGUUUGCCAUAUUCAGGUCAGUCUUGCCCAUGGGCAGUUACAUAGUCAGGUUAAAACCCAACAGUUAAACAUUGCUAUUAACGUUAUGCAACUACUAAUAAAUGCAGUGGGUUUAGCAGUAGAGAUCAGUGUAAACCACUGGAGCACCUUGCAUGGAAUAUGCAAAACUCCCUUGUUCUGAUAGAAUAACAGAUCUUUAAGAAGCUCACUUUUUCUCGCAUUCUGUUUUUAUUUGGAAAACACUCCCGCUCUUAAUUGGUGUUAUUUCCUUUUCCCUUGAAACCUCACGACUUGCAAGUUAGUAAUGCUUUUCCAGGAAGCAUCUUGUGUGAUUAGCCACUUAAAGGAAUACUCUGCCGUAUUCUUUUAUACUGUGUGUAAGUGAAUAGUGCAGAUGUGAUGUGGGAGUCAUGUAACGAUCCUCAUCAGUGCAAGCCCUGUGUGCGGGCUUCUGUUUGUGCCAUGUGGCUUUUCUUUUCCCCAUCUCCUCCCUCUGUGUGCCCCCAAAAUUGGCUCUAGGUGGAGGUUGGGAGAAUCCCUAGAACAAUCCUUCGGGAGAGGGGGAUCGUUCCAUCUGGCAAUCUGAUAUGUCUGCUCAGAUGGAAUGUUUGUAGUAGCGUGACAUUGAGUCCCUCCCUUAGUUUCCCUUUCCCCUCCCAUAAAGUCUGGAUGUGGUGAACUUCCUUGUGAUUUCACAACGCUGUGCUCCCUGAUAGGCUACCAAUGACAGGAAACAUGAAAUGUCACAGUGUCAGAAACCUAAGAAGUUGCCAUUUAACAACUCAGACUCUGUGUCCGUCUGUUCCAGCAUCACCUUCUGCAGUGGGCAGAGGCUUUCCAGGGUUUCAGACAGAGGUUUUUCCCACCAUCCGUUACUUGAUCCUUUUGGCUAGAAGUGCCAGUUACUGAACCUGGAGUUUCCUGCUUGCAGCUGUUUGCUCUGUGGCUGAGCUGUGGCCCCUCUCUGAUGUCAAGACAGGAGGGCCAAGUGUUAGGAAAGGAGAGGGAGGAUCUACAUGUGUAGCUGCUUAAAUACUGAGCACAGCCCAUAGAAGUCAGAUCUGUUUCCCUCCACUUGCCAUUCAUGCCACCACUGAGCUGCAUGUACCUGGCCUGUGACACAGGCUAAUAUAUGUAGUUAACAUGCAUGGACCUCUGCUAAAGGUUCCCAGGGCUUUAGAAGUUAGCGUGGGCUGUGUUGUGGGUGUGUUCUGCCCUUAAACUGGAUGGAGUUUGGUGGGCUACACUUAAUUAUUGAGAACUUGUAUAAAUAAUGCAAAUGUGCAUAUUUGCUUUGAGUAAUCUCUCAUUGCUGUCAUAAGAAAGGUCAGGAACUUACGCAGGUCACCGAAGCCAUAGUCUGUGCUCUCUGCUAGCUGCUAUCUUGGUUUAGCUUUCAUUCACAUUUUGUACAAAUAGACUUUAGCUUGGGGGAUGGUAAUGUACAUGCUUUUAUUAAUUCUUAUGUAUAUAUUUUAUUGAUAACAGAAGCCCGAUGGUUUGCCAGUGCACCUGAAACGGGGCCUUCCUGAUCAGCUUCUUUACCGGACCACGAUGGCACUAACAAUAGGAGGGACCAUCUACUGUCUGAUAGCGCUCUACAUGGCAGCCAACCCAAAAAAGAUGAAAUGA